CCCGCAUCACGCGGCCAAAAAUAACCCUAGAAAAAAAGAAGAGACACAGGCGGCGGCGUCGUCUCCGCGGCAACCGCCGCCACAUCCGUGCCUACUCGAUCGAUCGCCAUGCAGCAGCAGCAGCAGGAGAUGCCGCAGUCGAGGAUCUUCGGACAGCCGCCUCCACCGACGCAGCAGCAGCAGCAGCAGCAGCGGGGAUUCGGGUUCGGCGGCGCGGUGCCUUCGCCCCGCGGGAUGCCGAUGGCUGCGGGGGCCGCGGGGCCGCAUCUCGCCGUGCAGCAGAAGCAGCAUACGACCACCCUCGCGCCGCCGCCGCCGCCGCAGCAGCAGAAUCAGGGAUCUUCUUCGUCGGCGCGAGGGAUGGCGGCGGCGGCGGAGCAGAUCGCGUACGAGGACGCGUGGAAGGCGUGCAACCCGGACAUCACGACGCCGUUCGCCUCCGUCGAGGACGCCAUCAGCAGGCUGCUUCCGUACCACGUGUUCGCGGAGUACGAGGAGGACGAGAUCUACGCGGAGGACCAGCCGCCGGCGAAGGACACGUCGAGCGUGCAGGAGUGGGACGACGACCGCGAAGCCGAGGCGAUCCGCAUUGCGGAGGAGUUCGAGAAGCAGGUGCUGACCUUCAACGUGGCCGUCCGGAAGUCCGCCGCCGGCGCCGCCCGCGCCGAGGAGCGGCUCAUGGUGGAGAACCUCCUGCUCGCCGACGAGCAGCGGCAGUCGGAGCACGUCCGCGCCCUCGUCCGGCAGCAGCAGCUAGUGGCGCUGCAGAAGCAGCAGCAGCAGCAGGAGAAGGAGGCGGCGGCGCUGCAGCGGCAACUCAUGCUGGAGCAGCAACAGCAGCAGCAGGCGGCGCUGCAGCAGAUGAUGGCGAUGGAGCAGAGGCAGCAGCAGCAACAGAUGAUGUCAGCGCUGCAGCAUCAGCGACAGCCGGCGAUCGUCAUGCCGCAGCAGGGGCAUUCGUCCGCCGCCGCAUUGGAUGCGUUCCUGGAUGCGUACGCUGAGGUGGGGCCGCCGCGACAGCAGCAUCGGCAUGGCGUGCAGGCGCCGCAGCAGCCGGAGUCGUCGUCGACGUCGGGGCCGGCGUACUGGGCUCCGGCGCAUGCCGUGCCGCCGCCGCCGGAGAAUGGCGCCGGAGCAUUGAGGGAGUAAGGUGGUUGGUCCAUUGGUGUUGGUUUCUGUUGACAUUGCUAGGGCUUCAGUUCAGGCCUGAUUCGUGCGAGUGCGAGACUUUGAUGUUGAUGUGUUGAUGGAGCAUGUGAGACUCUUUCGUCCGUGUUGGCGACGAAAUGCAGUUGUGGCAUGUAACAAGACCAAAAAGUUUAUUCAAGCAGUUUUUUUUAGAA